UCAAUUGUGUCAUGUCAAUCAGCCACGUCAUUUUUGCUUAAAUGAUAGAGUGUACGCGGCGUAACUGAGAUAAGCAAUUUUGUGAAAAAUGAAUAUUUUCCGUUUACUUGGUGAUUUAUCCCAUCUCCUAGCUAUUAUAAUAUUACUACUUAAAAUCUGGAAAACCAGAUCAUGUGCGGGAAUAUCGGGAAAAUCUCAGAUACUUUUCUCCGUCGUGUACACGGCGCGUUAUUUGGAUCUGCUAACUAACUAUAUUUCAGCUUACAAUACGUUUAUGAAGAUGGUAUUCAUUAUGGCCUCAUAUGCCACUGUUUACCUGAUGUAUGUCAAGUUCAAAGCAACAUAUGACCACAACCACGAUACGUUUAGAAUUGAGUUCUUGUUGAUACCGUCGUUGGUAAUGGCUUUGUUGAUAAACCACGAAUUCUCAGUUAUGGAGGUAUUAUGGACAUUCUCAAUUUACUUGGAGUCCGUUGCCAUCCUUCCGCAACUGUUCCUGGUGUCGAAGACUGGUGAAGCCGAAAGUAUUACCUCCCACUACUUGUUUGCUCUAGGAUCAUACAGAGCCUUAUACCUCUUGAAUUGGGUUUACCGCUAUGUGGUAGAAGAUCACUACGAGCUGAUUGCCAUCAUCUCUGGAGUUGUGCAAACUGUUCUAUACUGUGACUUCUUCUAUCUGUACAUUACUAAAGUAUUGAAAGGAAAGAAAUUGCAGUUGCCAGCUUAAUGAAGCAGGGGAGAUUGCAAUAAAUCAAUAUGACAGUAAUGUCUGUGAAUAUAUUUGUGUGAGCCAAUAAAUUACCUAAGAUCUAGAUGUACAAACAUUGUCUGUAUUUGUACUGUUGUGAAAAUGUUGAUUUAUUCAUGGCAAUUAAGUGUGAUUGUGUAUCCUCAUUAACAUGUACAGCCACAAGCAAUAAUAAAUGGUCUCUUGUGUUAAAACCCUAAUCUUAUAUACUAAGUUCUGUUACCAUCACAAAGAUAUUGGCUAAUGUACAUAAUUAUGGAACAUUUUAUAUGACUACAUGUUUUACUUAUUCAUUCUUUGUAAUAUUCAAGUUGGAUUCAUAGAACAUUUUGUACCUAUUUAUUUAAAACCAUAAGGUUAUUAUAAAUUAAUACAAUAUUUUAUAAAGAAUAAUAGAACUUUGACUUUCAUUACUUCAUAUUAUUGAGGUGGGUGUAGUGAAGACCUUAGUAUUCAUUCAUUUGGUCUUGAAACGAAUGAAUUAAUUAAACGAAUAAAAUGAAUGAAUUUAUUGGUCACUGCAAUGAUUAGUGCUGGUCUUUGACAUUAAAAAUUUAAGGAAUUUAUAUUGCAUAGUUACUAUUUAUAUAACAUGACUAGAGGCUCUUACUCUCAUUAUUAUUACACUAAUUGCUUUAAAAUUGAGUUUCUCAUCAAUUAGAAGGUAUUUAAAGUCUAUUUUUUUUUUUUGCAUAAAACUAUUUUGAUUCUAGUAAACUGAUAGCAUAUACCAAUGUUAAGAAAAAGUCAGUUAUAGGGCAAAACCACUUCUUAUUGUUCGUGACUGUACUUAAUUUAAUUAUCUUUAAAACUUGCAUAGUUAUUGACAAUAUUUUCAGUGCAAUUUUAUUUUAAUAGCCACCUACUGUGACGCAAUUAGUUAAAUAACUAAUAAAUAUUGCCAAGAAAAUAUAAUUUCGGAUCUUGUCAUGUGAUUUCUGUUUUACAUUUGAAGAAGUUGGCAACGAAUGAAUUGGACAAUGCUUAACUAAUAAUGCAUUAGAUAUGUAUGUACUUAUGAUGUAUGAUCUUUAUAUUCCUUUUGCAUGUGGUAUUUUUUUACAGUUGUCUGAGGUACCUAUCUGGUUUUUUGAAUUCUUCUAUGAGUAAACUUAGACCAAUAUUAGUAUUACAUUGACUUGUGUGCAAAUGGCCAAACCUCUGCAAGGUCUAUCAAUGUAUGGGAUGUCAAUUAUUCCAUUUGUAUUUAACACUCCUUCCAUACAUUGUCACACAACUUAUUAAUAAAUAUGUAUUUAAGUGUAAAAUUUUGUUUAUUCUUUUCGCUGUUUGGAUUCAUGGGCAGAGGUAAUGAGGAUGGUGGCUGCCAUAUAGUCCGUUAAUAUAUCAUUGCUUCUUCUCCUUCAUUUCUUUUACUUUAAUGUCAUUAGACACUCAAUCAAAAUCGUAAGAACGAUGGUCGACCUGCAUUUUAUUGAAAGUUCCGAAUAGAAUAUUUUACUACCUAGUAUGCCUAGAAAUAAUUGUAUAAUUAAUCUGUAAACUAGCUUUACGUUUUUCCAAUUUCUUUUUUCAUGAAUUCAUAUCGCCUCGGGUGAUUUUGGUUAGAUAAAAACCAACCAUAAUUUAAUUUACUGAUAAUAAAUAUGUUUAGUCAUUUUUUUCCACGAAUCGAAAUUGCAAUCAGGUUUUGGUAUUGUUUUCCAUUCAUGUAGAUCAAACAUUAUGUUUUAUACAGUUUAGUCUUAAGAUCUUAUUGUAAUUGUCUUGCUAAUAAGAAUUUCUGAAUAAAUUAAAUUUGGAAGUGAAUAA